AUGAAACAGUCACAAAAUAUCCAAGUUGCUCUAUGCAAACAGUCGAAUCAAGCUAAGAAAGACUACAGGAUUUGCCUAGAGGCUUCAGUUGACUGCAUCACAUUUCUUAUACGCAAUGGAUUGGCACUUCGUGGACAUGAUGAAUCAGAUUCUUCAAGAAAUAGAGGUAAUUUUCUUGAACUUCUAGACUUUCAUGCUCGUGGUAGAGAAGAUCUACAAAGAGUUGUGUUAGGAAAGACUCCUAAAAAUCUUCAGAUGACUUCCCCAGACAUACUAAAAGAUAUAGUUCAUGCCAUAGCAUCUCAAACAACCAAGAAAAUCAUUCAAGAUAUUGGUGAUGGUUUUUUUGCUAUCUUGGUGGAUGAGUCCCGUGAUGUGUCAGUGAAAGAGCAAAUGGCCAUUGUAUUGCGAUAUGUAGAUGGGCAAGGAUGUGUUGUAGAGAGAUUUCUUGGUAUUUCUCAUGUUCCAGACACUAGAGCCUUGACCCUUAAGAUGGAGAUUUUUUCAAUGCUCGUAAGACAUGGAUUAAGCUUGACACGAGUAAGGGGACAUGGUUAUGAUGGUGCAAGCAACAUGAAAGGGGAGAUUAAUGGACUCAAAACAUUAAUCUUGACAGAAAAUCCAUCUGUACUAUGUCCAUUGUUUUGCCCAUCAACUUCAGUUGACACUUGUUGCUGUUGCUAA